ACAACUGUAUUCUAACUCACAAUUUAUAAUCGAAUUUAGAUGGGGAUUUUCAUGAACAUUAUAUUUUUAAUGUAUUGUCAUAUAAAUAGCGGUUUGGUGUGAGUGAAGCAGGCCAAAGAAGGGAACGUCAAUAACUAUCAUCAUCAUCAUCAUAUCAGGUUUUAACUGUCCACUACUGAACAUUAGCCUUCUUCUAGGAGGGUUUUAGCAAUUGAUAGAUUGCACUGUUGCCAAAUGUCAAGAUUGACAUAUUUAACGAUCGCUAUUUUGCCUGCGAAAACUAUUAAGCACUAAUAUUUGCAGAACGCACACAUUAAUAAGAUCUCUAAAUGAACGCUUAAUGUAUUUAUGUUAAAAUGUAUUUUAAAUCUAUAAGUAUUUAAAAUGCUAACUACAAAAUACCUUAGCGGUCAGAUAUUUGAAAUACGAAUUACAUUUUUAGGAAGUAAUUGAAAUACAAAUACCAAAAAAAAUUUUUUUUUUUUUUUUUUCGGUCGGAGGUAGUUGUGCGAACAUUGUUAAAAACUGCUCCAAUUCGAUUUUCGUUUUAUAAAUAGAUAAAGUGGUAAAACAGUAUAUUUUAAUGAAAAUAUAUAAACUAUAAUCACUUCACUUCACUUGCCGGAAUAAAUUACACUUUUACCUCUACUACAACAACAAAAAUGUCUGUGGAAAAGUUGAGCUUACAGCAGACUAGAGACGAAUUUGUCAAAAGGAUGCAGGACUUUGAAGGACGACUGCAGAAGGCAACUCUUACAAGCCCAGGAGUAGCGGAUAUUGCUUCAGAGUUUGCCAUUUUUAAACAUAUGACGCUGAAGAGUCUACAAUCAUUGCAACACCAAGUUGACCUGCUGGCAAAAGAAGUUGAUUUACAGGAAAUGCGUGGUCGAAGGAAAAUAUUGCUUCUUCAUGGUGUCUCAGAGAGUGAUCGGGAAGAUGUUAACUCAGUGGUAUGCAGUGUCCUUGUUGAUCAAUUGAAAUUGGUGGAGUUUUCAACAGAACACAUUAGCCGGUGUCACAGAAUGGGACGCAUAACAACCAAUGAAAAGGCUCGUCCACUUUUGGUUAAGUUUCGAGAUAUCAACACUCGCGACAUGAUCUGGUCCAAUAAAACAAAGCUGAAGGGCACAAAUGUUUCCAUUUCCGAGUUCUUGACAAAAACUCGGCACGAUACAUUUAUGGCGGCCAGACAACGGUUUGGUGUCAGAAAAUGUUGGACACGUGAUGGGUUUGUUCACGUCCUUGGAUCCGAUGGGGUACGGCAUCGUAUUAGUAGCAUGACUGAACUGGGUAGAAUUGCAGUACCAGGAUCCCAACAGCCAGCUCCAGUUGCGGCUAAGGUGGACGUCGGCGUCAGCAGAACGAAACGGGCUCAAACCAGCAAGAAAUAAGUCUUGUUAGCUUUGAAUAUUAUAUUCUACGGUUUGGUGAGUGAGUUUGGUCUGUAUUAACAUUAAUAUCGUUUUACCCACUUUUAUUUAUAUCAAAUAAUAUCAUUUUUAAUAUCAUUUCAUUCGCUUUUUCUAUUUAUAAUUCAACUGUAAUGCGACCUACUUAUUAAAUGUAAAAUAGACGGUAGAUUGAUUGGUUAGUAGUAGAAGUUUAAUUUAUCCCACUCAGGGAAAGGCAAAGGUAUUGAGCCAUACAGCCUAAUCUCCAGUAAUGUAAUUAUUAAUUAAUUUAUUAAAGCAAGUAAUUAUUCUAAUUUACAUAGAUCAAUGUCAAUAUGUUGGUUGACAGUUAUCAGAUAACAUCUGAAUAUUGGCUACAUAUCAAAGUUGUAUAUAAUCUAUGUUUCUAUAUUUUAAAAAAGAUAUGAACUGUUACCAUCCUUAAUCUAUGCUCAUUACAGCUCCGGCACAGAUAAUACUAGUAAUGAAUGGAUGUAAAGGGGAAUACUCAGUACUCAGUACUAUUUUUA